AUGGGUUUUAUUUCCCCUUCUGACAAGGCUUUAUGAUACAGUAAUCAGAGUAAAGCUAAUGAUCUUGUUUGGCCAAUAAUGGCGAGUAAUAAAGUACACAGGCAGUGAACUUUCUCCAAUUUACAAAGCUACCCCUCCUUCUGGUUUCAUUAUUAAAGCAACCCUCCUCUUCUUCUCCAUUGCCAACCCACCACUUACAGUAGAAAACAAACAAACAAAAAGAUGAUGAACAGAGCUUUCCUCUGUUUCUUCUUCACUCUCACUCUGCUCACCAUCUCAGCUACUGCUUCUGAUUCUGCAGAACCCACAAAUGGAGAAGAAGAUAAGGCCCUGACAGGGCUAGCCAUGGACUUCUACAAGGACACGUGUCCCCAAGCUGAGGACAUCAUCAAAGCCCAGGUCAAGCUCCUCUACAAGAGGCACAAGAACACUGCCUUCUCCUGGCUCAGAAACAUCUUCCACGACUGUGCUGUCGAGUCGUGUGAUGCUUCUCUGCUUCUGGAUUCGACGAGGAGAAGCCUGUCGGAGAAGGAGACGGACAGGAGCUUUGGGCUGAGGAAUUUCAGGUACCUGGACACCAUUAAGGAAGCUGUGGAGAGGGAGUGCCCUGGUGUUGUUUCGUGCGCAGACAUUCUCGUGCUUUCCGGUAGAGAUGGCAUAGUUGCGCUAGGAGGGCCACACAUUCCCCUGAAAACAGGGAGAAGAGAUGGAAGGAAGAGCAGAGCAGAUAUUCUUGAGCAGUACCUCCCAGAUCACAAUGAGAGCAUCUCUGUCGUCCUCGACAGGUUUGCCGCCAUGGGCAUCGACACACCUGGACUGGUCUCCUUGCUAGGUUCUCACAGCGUGGGAAGAACACACUGCAUGAAGCUGGUCCACCGCCUGUACCCGGAAGUCGACCCGGCCCUGAACCCGGACCACGUCCCACACAUGCUGAAGAAGUGCCCCGACCCGAUCCCGGACCCGAAGGCGGUCCAGUACGUGCGAAAUGACCGGGGUACCCCUAUGAUCCUGGACAACAACUACUACAGGAACAUCCUCGACAACAAGGGUUUGCUGAUUGUGGAUCACCAGCUGGCCACCGACAGGAGGACCAAGCCUUAUGUGAAGAAGAUGGCGAAGAGCCAGGACUACUUCUUCAAGCACUUCUCCAGGGCGAUCACCAUCCUCUCUGAGAACAACCCGUUGACCGGGGAGAAGGGUGAGAUCAGGAAGCAGUGCAAUGUCGUCAACAAGCUCCAUUGAUGAGCUUGGAAGCUUGGUGAAAUGGCUUGAAGUGGGAAAAUAAGGGGAGGGGGGUUUCUCUUGAUGGUGUUUGCCUUGUAAAAUGGGUAGUAAGCUUGGUGCUAGUUAAGAUGGGAGAAGUUAUGUGUUUGUAAGUUUUCUUUAACCUUAAGUUACUUGAACUUUUUCCUCUUUAAAAAUCUGAGUUAUUUGGUGUGUAUGAGAUGAUGUAAGUAUCUAUCAAGAAAUCUGUUGGUCAAGUAAUUCUUCGUGUUGUUGGAAGAGCUCAAGUAUUGAUGAUCUUAUGUACCUUCUUGACAUACUCGAAACUACAAUCAACUAAUGAGGUUGAAGUUUGUACAAAACAA